AUGGGACUUACUCGGGCUUUCAUCUCGUCUGCCUUGACUAUAAUCACCACUAUUCUGGCACUAGUUAGUGCAAGCCCAACUUUCAGUCCUAUACAGCCUCCUUCGUACCCUCUCGCAGUUCGCAGUCCAUAUCUAUCGGUAUGGCUUCCAGGGGGCUUAGCUACCAAUCUUCCUACCGCGGUUCCGGAGUUCUGGACUGGCCAGAAACUAGGUUGGUCCAUCUUGGCCCGAGUGGAAGAAAACGCCAAAUGGACUACAUACAGUCUAUUCGGCUUUGGUGGGAGCGAUGCCAAUGUCGUGGCAGCAACAGUAGUAAGCGGGGAAUACACCUCGACACGUUCAACAUUCGUAUUGACUGCUGGCACGGUAAAAUUCUCCCUCGAAUUCUUUUCGCCUGUGGAUCCGAGGAAUUACGUCCGUCAAAGUUUGCCGUUCAGCUAUUUCACGGUAACGGCUUCUUCAUCCAAAGGCGUUCUAGUGCAAGUGUACUCGGCCAUCGACAAAUCCUUUACCGGAAAUUUUGAUGCAAACCCUCAAAUCAGCUUGACGCACACUACCUCCGGCAAAACUUCGAUCUACGAAUGGACGCCUAGCAAUCCCCAAGUGUUUGUAGAGAAAAAUAAUGCAGCUCAAUGGGGAACGGUUGUGUUCGCUUCUCGCCAAAGCGAUGGAUCCAAGUCCCUCACUUACUCUACUGGCCAGCGGGACAUGAUUCGAGGGCAAUUUGUCAGUAACGGGACUCUGAGUAACCCAAGUACCAGUGUGGCGGCCGACACUAUCACAGCCUAUGCUCACGAUCUAGGAACUGUCACAUCGGCUGCCAGUGUUACCUUUGCAAUUGGCCACUACCACGAAGAUGCUAUUAACUAUUUGGGUGCUCAUAGGACACCCUAUUUUCGAUCUGUUUACCCCAACUCAGUCUCGGCCCUCAUCCAUUUCCUAGAUGACCAUUCCUCUGCACGUGCAGACUCACUCGCGUUCGAGAGUAAACUGCACGACCUGGCAAUUGAAACGGGCGGAGAGAAAUACCGAGACAUCCUUGCUCUCACUGUUCGCCAGGUAUUUGGUGCUAUUGAGCUAACCAUUCCUGGCGGAGCAACCCCAACGGAUACGGACGACUUCCUAGUGUUUAUGAAAGAGAUUUCAUCGAACGGAGACAUCAACACCUUGGACGUCAUCUUCCCAGCAAUCCCUCUCUUCUACGUCCUCGCGCCGGAAUAUAUUCGCCUCCUUCUCGAGCCUGAAUUACGAUAUCUCAAGAACGGCGGUCCCAAUCAAGCAUUUCCCGUUCACGACUUAGGCACCUAUCCAAAUGCUGUCGGCCACGAUGAUGGAAAAGAAGAGCAUAUGCCUGUCGAAGCCAGCAGCGUCGUCCUCAUCGCCUCCCUAUGGUAUGCCAAAGCUACCGGUAAUGGCAUCUGGAGCGGUUCAGGAGGCACCUUCACCAGCACCCUCACCAACUAUGCCGAUUUUCUCAGCGACGAGAACAAUGGCCUCUACCUCCCAUCCCAGCUCAGCACAAUCGACGGACCAGGCCCUCUGGCCGGCCAAACCAACCUCGCCAUCAAAUCCGCCGUUGCGCUCAACGCUUUCGGUGUUCUUUCCGGCAUAAAGAAGUAUUCCGAUAGAGGCCUGUACUACGCGUCUCAGCUCUACAACAGUAGCGGUGACGGGAUCGGCCAGAGCUGCGGGGAUGCAGCGCCGCACUUUACGCUUCAAACGAAUGAUGUGCAUGACUGUGCCGACUACGCUUUCUCGACCGCCUUCAACCUUUAUCCCGACGUCUUAUUGGGCCUAAAGACGUUUCCACAGGCUGCGGUUGACAUGGAGGACGCUUUCUACCCUAUUGCACGAAAAGAAGCCGGCGUCCAGGCAGACACGCGAGGUGAUUGGAUGAGCACAUUUUGGGGCUUUUGGGCCGCAGCAAGUGGAGAAGAGGGCGGAGUCACUGAGAAGCAGUACAUAAAUGAUAUCUAUGCUUUCAUCUCGAAUGGGAAGAACACUCAUCCGUUCUGCGAUCGGGUACAUGUUACCGGGGACAGCGUGGGCUUGGAGUAUACGUGGCGUGCGAGACCGGUGAUAGGCGGUCACUUUGCAGUUUUGGCAAGGAAGAAGGGGCCUGAUCUGAUUUGGAAAUAA